UUAGUCGAUAGGUGGCUCUCAGAACUUCCGGAACAGAACUGUCACCGAAUUAUUAUGAAAAAUAUAUGCCGUGUCUAGAAAAUGCCAUUAUAUGAAGGUCUUGCGUAUGGUGGGGACAAAAACGUAGUUGUCGUUGAUAUUGGCCAUGCCUAUACUAAAUGUGGCCUGGCGGGAGAGACGGGUCCAAGAUGUAUCAUCCCCAGUGAAGUGAAGAGUUCCAGGACAGGGAAGAUUACGAAACUAUGGGAAUACGCAUCUACAAGUGAUUUAUGUGAUAACCUGAAAGAUUUCCUCUAUGUGCUCUAUUUCAAGCACCUGUUGGUAAAUCCUAAAGAUCGCCGUGUAGUGGUGGUGGAAUCCUUGUUGUGUCCAUCAUCUUUCCGAGAUACCUUAGCCAGUGUUCUCUUCAGACAGUAUGAGGCCAGCUCGGUGCUGUUUGCCCCAAGUCACAUGGUGUGUCUGCUGGUGCUGGGGACAAGCACGGGGAUGGUGAUGGACAUGGGCUACAAGGAGGUGCUGGUCAUGCCUGUGUAUGAAGGAAUUCCAGUACUAAAGGCUUGGCAGUCCAUUCCUUUGGGGGGGAAGGCAAUUCACAGUCAAAUUGAGGCCCAGUUGAAGGAACAUGCCACUGUGACGACAUCAGAACAAACCAACAAACCCUUCAGCUCCUGCACAGAUGAUCUAAAUGAAGAUGUUUUGGAAAAUAUUAAAGCACAGUGUUGUUUUGUGACAAGCCACAGUCGAGCCAAGCAGAUCCAGGAAGUGCUAGUAGCAGGAGCUGAUAUAAACAAGUUGCCGACACCUCCCCCGGAUGUAGACUACCCCUUGGAUGGGAAGAAAAUAUUACACAUCAAUGGUAAACUCAGAGAACAUGUUUGUGAGAUUCUGUUCCAACAAGACCGUGAUGAGAGAUCAGUGGCAACACUCAUUCUGGAUGCCCUCAUUGAGUGUCCAAUUGACUUGCGUCGUGACCUGUCUGAGAAUAUUGUGAUAAUGGGUGGUACAGCCAUGAUGCCCGGCUUCCACCACAGGCUGAGGGCAGAGCUGUAUGAUCUCCUGAAGAAACCCAAGUACAAGGAAGCCAUUGCUCUCAAAGUGUUCAAGUUCCACAAGCCUCCCUCGAAGGAGAACUACACAGCCUGGCUUGGAGGUGCUGUGAUAGGAGCACUGGAGACCCUUCAGAGCAAGUCGCUGUCACGGGAGGCUUACCUCCAGACGGGGAAGGUGGCAGACUGGUGUAACAUCGCCCAGGAGAUGGAGACAGAAGACCUCUCACCUGUGAAGGCUAAAUAGUUCCGCGACUCCCACACUGGUUGAGAGUGAACAUGGAACAAUCCUCAUCAGUCGCCAUGACAACUGUGAUGUCAUGCUUUGUGAAGCGCAUGGUGCUGUCAUGUUUGCAAGUUGUUGUCAUGAGUAAUGACAUUAUGUAAUGUGAACAUGGGUUGACAUUGUUGGUGAAAUGAUGUGAGAAAUACUUCAAUCACUGCAGUUAAUUAUGCAUCUUAAGCAUCAUUUUGUAUUUAUUUAUUGAAUCAUGGGCAAGUGUAGUCAUCGUAGACAGCAUUUUUUUCAUUUUUUAAAUUAUAUUUUUUUGGCUUUAUGUAGAAGACAGGUGCUGGUAUUAAAUCUAAAAGUUAUAUGUAGAAGUUGAAACCAUAUUUUUAAAAUACAAAGUAUGAGGGUUUUUUUCUUUGUGAGUAUAUCCUACUUUUCAGUAGAUGACAUUGCAACCCUUGUGCUCGAGAAUGAGGCUAACACUUAACUGUUUAUUUUUCAUUCUCUUUUCAGCUUAAUAUUCAUUUAUGGAUACAGUCUGUACAAAGUGCAAUAUACUGAGCUAUUAUGAAAACAUUGACUUUCUUGUUUGUUGUUAACGGUUAAGAGGAGUUAACAAGCUUAACACACUCUGACCACCCUGUGGGAAUCCUGGGUCAGAAAAGGUCCCCAGUGCUGUUUGUCAUAAGAAUCAUAAGGCUGUCCAUAAUUUAUUCUGUUUUUUCCCCCCGUUACCCCUGAAUUUUUAUUCUGUGAAAUAAUAAAAAGUUUUCUUAUCACAAUUUCCAACAACAUGGAAAUUUAUGUCCUGAUGUCAUAAAAACAAUACUUCUACCAUUGCA